ACUGAACUGCCAGGAGACCAGACCAUUUCUAGAUCACUGAAAGGUCAAAUUGCCCACUCCUUAACUCUGAUUGAACUAUGUUUUUGAGGUCUGUAUGAGGUCUGUAAUCCAUUGAUUUGCUUGGAAAAUCUCCAGAGAGGUGCCAUGGGGCAGAAAAAGCCAGAACUUGUAACCUUAAAGACUCAGGUAAACAUGGAGGAAGCUAUGAUCCUUGGGCCACCAUAACCCAAGACGACUUUGCUUCCUCUCAUCCUGAGGCUGGCUGAAGGAAGGAGGAGAUCAAGGCUUCACAGGUCAUGUCAACCUGUUUUGCCAAGAGCCCAAGAAGCCGGCUGGCAUGUGGUACUGACCAAACAACAUCACCUGCAGUCCUGGCCUUAAAGCUAAAGAGCACGCAAACUGAAGAGCUAAAUUUCUCUUUAACUGUAUCUUUUUUUUUAGGUGGCGAUGUCCAUUAUAUUACUGAUUUUUUUCCUACACCUUUUCAGGGGUGAAUAAGAGUUCAUCAAGAUGGAAGUUGAAGUCACUGAGGCUGAGUGUGAGAGACUGUGAAGAGAGAGCCAGAAGUCAACAUCAGAGAAGAAGGCUGUCAGGAAGAGGAGCUGCCUUUCCUGGGUCUGGAGCUGGCUGGUUUGCAGCUAGGGAGUAAUCAGGUGCCAUGUCUUUAGCUGGGGUGAGCUGUCUGGUGACAGGAGCAGGGGGAUUUCUUGGCCAGAGAAUUGUCCGCUUACUGCUGGAGGAAGAGAAGGAGCUGGCUGAGAUCCGAACCCUGGACAAAGCCUUUAGCUACGAGGCACGCAGGAAUUUUACAAAUUUCAAGGGUCAGACUGUGGUGAAGAUGCUGGAAGGGGACAUCCGGGAUGCUACGUUCUUGGACAGCGCCUGCCAGGGUGUCUCCCUUGUCAUCCAUACAGCAUCCAUCAUUGACACCUUGGGCCUUGUAGAGAAGCAGCUGCUCUGGGAAGUCAAUGUAACGGGUACCCAGCUACUGCUGGAUGCCUGUGUCCGCAGUAAUGUCCAGCACUUCGUCUACACCAGUACCAUAGAAGUGACAGGCCCAAACUGCAGAGGGGACCCCAUUUGCAAUGGGGAUGAAGAUACAGCCUAUGAGAGCACAUCAGGAUUUCCUUAUGCCCAGAGUAAGAGACUGGCAGAGACGUCUGUGCUGAAGGCAAACGGCCAGGCACUGAAGGAUGGUGGCAUCUUCCUGACAUGUGCCUUGAGAUCCAUGUACAUCUUUGGAGAAGAAUGCCCGUUUCUCCAGAAUCACCUGGAUAAAAGCCUCUUGAACAAAAAUGUCUACCUGCGGAUUUCUAGGAAGGAGGCUCUGGUGAAUCCUGUAUACGUGGGAAACAUUGCAUGGGCUCACAUCCAGGUGGCAAAAGCUCUGAGGAACCCGGAAAAAGCCAAGCACAUCAAAGGGCACUUCUACUACAUCUCUGAUGACACUCCUCAUAUGAGCUAUGCCGACCUAAAUUAUGAGCUGACCAAGGAGCUAGGGUUUGGGAUUGAGCCCCACCUGCCCAUGCCGCUGAUGAUGCUGUACUACUUUGCGCUACUGCUGGAGGUUGUGAGCUUCCUGCUUAGGCCCUUUGUCAAAUACAUCCCCUCCACCAACCGUCACCUUGUAAUCUUGCUGAACACGCAGUUCACAUUCUCCUACAGGAAGGCAUGGCAGGAUUUUGGCUACGUACCCCGCUACAAAUGGAAAGAAGCCAAGCAGCGCACCAGCCAGUGGAUUGCCUCAGUGAUUCCGCAAAGGAGGGAGUACCUGAAAAACAAGGCUGCCUAAGCCUGAGAGAAGCUGAAGCAUGGCAAGACGAGCAGGCCCAUGAGCCACAGGUGAGCUAGAGGAAUUGCAGUAAAAGACGACAACAAAGCAUUGAAAUGUGAAAUCUGUGUAAUGAAAAAUGGGAAUGAAUAAAGAAUAUGAAACUCUUCA